AAUCUAUUGAAUCGAUUAAAAUAUAAACUCCUUUUUUCGUCUAUUUAAUAAUUUAUUCUAUUUUCCUCUAUCUAUAAUUGUUUUAAUUCAGUUAUUCCCUCAGUCAUUUAAACAAAACAAUCAUGUUUGAAGCCGACUUUACGUUGGCUACAUUGUUUGGAAAAAUAGACAAGUUGUAUAAAUCCGUCAGCAAAGUGCGGAGCGGUUCAUAGCCUCUAGGUUAUGAAAGAUAACAACUUUUAAGAAGAAGUUUGUGUAUUUCAAGUUCAAAAAUGUCGCGUAAUGCUGCAGAAAAUCAACUUAAUGACUUCAAGAAAGGCCAAAAAAAUGUGCCUGUGAUGACAACGGGCUCUGGCAACCCGGUGGAUGACAAGGUGAACAGUUUGACGGCGGGGCCGAAAGGACCAAUCCUGUUGCAGGAUUUCACACUGCUCGACGAGUUGUCACACUUCGACAGAGAGCGUAUUCCCGAGAGAGUAGUGCAUGCCAAAGGAGCUGGUGCUUUCGGCUACUUUGAAGUGACACAUGACAUUUCCAAGUAUUGCAAAGCAAAGGUGUUCGCUUCAAUAGGUAAGAAAACACCUAUUGCUGUCAGAUUCUCGACUGUUGGCGGAGAGAGUGGAUCAGCCGAUACUGCCAGAGAUCCAAGAGGAUUCGCAGUGAAAUUCUAUACGGAAGAAGGUAACUGGGAUUUGGUGGGCAACAACACUCCCAUCUUCUUCAUUCGUGAUCCGAUACUGUUCCCCAGCUUCAUUCACACACAGAAACGGAAUCCAGUCACACAUUUGAAGGAUGCGGACAUGUUCUGGGACUUCAUCAGCCUGCGCCCAGAGACCACCCAUCAGGUGAUGUUUCUGUUCUCGGACCGCGGAACCCCCGACGGAUAUCGCUUCAUGAACGGGUACGGCUCGCACACGUUCAAGCUAGUUAACAGCAACAAUGAGCCUGUAUACUGCAAAUUCCACUACAAGACUGCACAAGGAAUCAAGAACCUGCCGGCCGGGAAAGCGCACGAGCUGUCAGGCUCAGACCCAGAUUACUCGAUUCGCGACCUCUACAACGCCAUCGCUUCCGGCAACUUCCCGCAGUGGAACUUCUCCAUACAAGUCAUGACUUACGAGCAGGCCCAGAACUGGAAGUACAAUCCGUUCGAUCUCACAAAGGUUUGGCCUCAUGGCGAAUUCCCACUGAUCCCGGUCGGAAAACUGGUCCUGGACAGGAACCCUUCUAAUUACUUCACCGAUGUUGAGCAGAUUGCCUUCAGCCCCGCUCAUUUUGUGCCUGGAAUCGAACCCAGCCCAGACAAGAUGCUUCAGGGUCGCCUGUUCUCGUACAGCGACACGCAUAGACACCGUUUGGGGGCCAACUACCUGCAGUUGCCCGUCAAUUGCCCCUACCGGGCCGUGGUGGCCAACACACAGCGCGAUGGCCCCGCCUGCUACACCAACAACCAGGGGGGCGCGCCCAACUACUUCCCUAACAGCUUUGGGGGCCAUCGCGAGCAGCCCAGCGCUGCCAACACCAAGUUCAGCACUGUUGGAGAUGUUGACAGGUACACAAGUGAUGGAGAAGACAAUUUCCAACAGUGCCACGAGUUCUGGCACAAAACCCUGACCGAGGAAGGUCGCCGGAAUCUGGUCGACAAUAUUGUUGGCAAUCUACGAGACGCCUCUGACUUUAUUCAGGAGAGAGCAGUUAACAACUUCAGCCAAGUGGAACCGGUAUUUGGCGCUAGACUGGCUGAGGGACUACGAUUGGCUAAAAAGAACAAAGCUAACCUAUAGGGAGAGAGAAGAGAAAGGAUCCAUCGUUCAUUCUCCAAUGACUACUGUACUCACACAGCACCUUACAAAAUAUAUUAUAUUUAUCUAUUUACAAUGACGAGAAUACUGUGUUACCUUCACAUAUUUUAUAUUAUAAUAAAUCUGCAACACUUGAAAGGUUGGGAUCAACGGUUUUAUGUAUUAUACAUUUUAUUAUAUAAUUCUUGAGUAGAAUUAAUGUUGCAUAAUUAUUACUGUUCAUACUUGUUUUAAUGUCUUGUCUUAUAUAUUAUUAAUAUAAAUUUUUGUGUAAU